AUGAACUUGAUUUCCAAAUCCUUGACAAGAAUCGAAGUUUCGCCAUUUUUCCAUCCUAGAACUACAGAAAUUCCUACCGGAAAACGAAUUAGCUCUCAGCAACUCCGUUUCUACACUGCGGCUGUCGCCGGUAAAUCCGGCACUGGCGGAAGGAAACAAAGAGCCAUAGCACCGGCGAAAGCGCCGGAUGUGGUGGCGCCAGUUACGGCGAAGAAAGAGAACGAACUUGCUCGGCCAGAUGAGAUAGCUUACCAGACUAAAAUGGCGAAUUGGGUCAAUCUGAUUGGGUUUGUUGAUCAACCUGUCCAAUUCGAGGCUUCUUCGGACGGCAAAUUCUGGGCCGGCACUGUUAUUUCCCAGAGGUCCGGUUCAGAUUCCUCUGCUUUCUGGUACUUCUUCUUCUUCUUUCUCCAUUUUUAA